UCUAGACAGAGCAGCUGUCGUGUCCGAUGCAGAGAGCAAAAGUGGUGACUAUUCUAACCCCUGGAGACUUUGCACUGUGACACAGGUGGAGGAACUGAAAAUCUUGAUCCGCAUGUUUCCAAUUUGGGCUACUGGCAUAAUUUUUUCUGCUGUUUAUGCCCAGAUGUCAACAUUGUUUGUGGAACAAGGAACGAUGAUGGACACAAGUAUUGGUUCCUUCAACAUUCCUCCAGCUUCCCUCUCAAGUUUUGAUGUGAUAAGUGUUAUUUUCUGGGUCCCUGUCUACGACAGAAUUAUUGUUCCCAUUGCAAGGAAAUUUACCGGCAAAGAAAGGGGCUUUUCAGAGUUGCAAAGAAUGGGAAUUGGCCUUUUUAUUUCAGUCCUGUGCAUGUCAGCAGCUGCUGUUGUGGAGAUUAGGCGUCUGCAGCUUGCAAAAGAGCUUGACCUUGUUGAUAAACCUGUCCCUAUACCCCUUAGUAUAUUUUGGCAAAUCCCUCAGUAUUUCUUAUUGGGGGCAGCAGAAGUUUUCACAUUUGUGGGGCAGCUUGAGUUCUUCUAUGACCAAUCUCCUGAUGCUAUGCGGAGUUUAUGCAGUGCUUUGUCACUUCUGACUACUUCAUUGGGGAAUUACUUGAGCUCUUUCAUUCUUACUAUCGUAACUUACUUCACUACACAAGGUGGAAAUCCUGGAUGGAUUCCAGAUAACUUGAACAAAGGUCAUCUUGAUUACUUUUUCUGGCUUUUAGCUGGACUUAGCUUCUUAAAUAUGUUGUUGUACAUAGUUGCUGCCAAAAGGUACAAGCAGAAGAAGGCUUCUUAAGAUUUUUCAGCCAUUUAUUAGGAGUGGAAGCACGUUCUGAUAUUUCCUUGUGUCAUUAUUAUCGUGAUUGUUCUGUAUGUGAAAUAAAGAUGUUCUGCAAUUAUGUACCCUUCUUCCACUUGCAAAGUAAAAUUGUGUUAUAUUUAGUUCAAAACACCACCGACCCCAAUGUUUGGGAUAAAGGUGUUGUUGUUGUUGAUGAUGAUGAUUUAGUUCAAAACAGACCUUGCUCCCUUCUCAUGAAACCUGAAAGGGAUGUUUGAGAUUGCUUGCUAUCUCCAUUUAGGUUAAUUCACCGCA